AUGUCAUACAAGCUGUCACAACUGGCGCCGUUGCCCCGCCUGAAGAACGUAGAGGUGGGCAAGACCAUCGGACACGGUGGAUUUGGAGUGGUGAAGUCGGCCGUGGUGGAGAAAAAUGGCGUUUCCAAGAUCAUUGCAGUCAAAUUUGUUCAUAUCGAAAUGGCUAGGCAACAGAACGUCACCACCGAGACUUUGGCCAAAGAGGCUCUAAUCCAGAAAGAGUGUCGUCAUCCGAACAUUAUCCAGCUGAUUGAUUUCGGUGCGGACGUUAAUUGGGUCUGGUUUGCCAUGGAACUGGGUGCCAACGGUGAGCUAUUUGACAAGAUCGAGCCUGAUCUGGGAGUCGAUGAGGACGUGGCGCAGUUCUAUUUCAACCAGCUGACGAAUGCGAUUUUGUUCAUUCACGGAAAAGGUGUGGCCCACCGCGACAUCAAGCCGGAGAAUCUGGUUAUUGACAAAAACGGCAAUUUGAAACUGACAGACUUUGGUCUUGCCAGUGUGUUCCGCAAGAAGAACGGCAGCAGACGGAUGUGCACCACGGCCUGCGGGUCUCCACCAUACCUGGCUCCCGAGGUUGUUUCGGAGAAAUACGACCCUGAACCGUCGGAUAUCUGGUCCUGUUGUAUUGUGCUUUUUGUGCUACUCACGGGCCAGAUCGCGUGGGAAAUGCCUCACAUGGAGGACCAAGACUACAAAUACUACGUGGCCAGCAAGGGUGAAGUUUUAAUCUCGCCCUGGAAUAGGAUCCCGCUCGGAGCACUAUCGCUGUUGCGGAAAGUGCUGGUGGCAGACCCUGCUCGAAGACUAAACCUGCACGACAUCAAGAAACAUCCGUGGGUUUCCAAAAAGAACAAGUUUGCCGACGACAGAGGCAUGUGCAAAGACCCUACUCGACUGACUACCAGUCUUUUGGUGAAUCUGUACAUCAAUCUGUCCGAUGCCGAGUUCAACAAGGUGACUCAGCUUUCCACGCAAAUGAGCAGACCUGCAGCGGGCACGCAGCCGCAAGGGUACCUCAUGGACGACAUGCACAACUCCGAGAUUUACAAGGAGAACUACAAGCCAAUUGGCGGGUUCUCUGCCUCGCAGGAGGUUUACACGGAGCAUUCGAAGCGCCGCAAGCUGAAAAAAGAUCUUGGAGACGACGAGAAGAUCUUCUCCACAAUCUCCAAGGACCCGGCAUCAUUCCAGUUUCUGCAGUCAAACUCGAUUGUUGAUCGUACGGAGCUGAUCAAUGCCAAGAUGUCGAGUCUGCAAGUCCAGCAACAGAGAUACCCGGCCCUGUUUGCAGAGAACCUGACCCGGUUCUUCAGCGUGGUGCCACCUUACCAGCUGCUGGUGACUAUUCUGGAGUCGCUCCACAAACUGGGACUCCAUGGAUCGUCUACAGAGGACAACAGUGAGGAGUACGUUGCCGAUCUACAAAGAAACGAUCUUCUGAACGGUCUGGUGACCAUUCCAAUCAGCGGCAGAGACUCGAGCAAGGCCCCAAUCCUGGGCAAUGUGCGUGUGAGCCGCCUGGCAGACAACCUCGACGCGCGCAAAGUCGAGUUCUUCAAGAUCAAGGCCGAUCCGCUCGAGUGGAGAAGAGUGUUCAAACGAGUGACCAUUCUGUGUCGUGAUGUGGUUUAUGUUGAAAAAUAG